AUGGAAACAUUAGAUGAGGCGGCAGUUGACGCUCUUAUUCGUGAGGAAGAAGAGCGGGUGCGGCAGUUCAAACUUUUUCACUGCACAGAUGACGAGCGGCGGCGUGAAUAUGGUGCGGUUCCUAAGCCUGUAUCACAGCCACCACCGCCACCGCCGCCGAGAGCGAAACUCUCUGGUUCUCCUUUGGAGAUGCUGUCAGAGAACGCGGAAGAGGCGCUGGUGCAUGAAUAUGAACAGUAUCGUCGCGGCGGCGACGAGGAUGACAUCAACAUGACCCUCCGAUGCAAGGGGCCUCCUCCACCGAAUUAUGAUGGACCACUGCUUACACUUACAACCCGUGGUCCGUAUACACGCGUUGAGGUACUCGCAUGCCGCCCGCCGGUGCGGCCCCGCUUUGACGGGAAAAAGACGUUGGAGAAAGAUCGUAGUCCGUAUUACCCACGGCCACUACGAGAGAAGCCCAAAGAGGACAACGUUGCAAGGCCAGGGGAUUCACUGCGGCGGUGGAAGUACAGUAUGGGCUUUCCUGACACAUGA